AGACAGACCAAGGGAGACGAAGGAGUUUGGAGCAGCAGCGAUGCAGCAGUCUAGGGGUUGUGUGGGUUGGGUGUACGGUGGACAUGGCUUUGGUUCAGGCCCUGCCCGUGCCCACUAAUCACCCAGGCAAAUCCGGUAUAGAGGUUGAGCAGUGCUGCUCCGUCUCUCGCUCCCCCGACGGCACGGCGGAGACCAUGGGCUCCGUCAGCAGCCUGAUCUCUGGACGUAGCCACCAGGAGCAGCUCUGCCGUGCGGCCAGCGAGGUUGGAGCUAGGAGCCGUAAGGUGAUGACAGGUUCGAGCAGCUGUUUCCGAGCGCAGGAGGGAACUCUGCGCAGCUCCAGCUCUCAGGAGCAACUCCUCAACAAAACACACGUUGGCCCCCUUAUUCACGGAAACGGUAACUAUGGCUAUGCUGGCGAAGAGCUGUCUGGGGACUGGAAUGACAACUGUGUGACCGCGUGUAGCCCAUGCAGCGAUUCAGAGGAGGGCCUGGAAAAUCGCUCUUUGAAUGGGAACAUCAGCGGCCCUCCACCCAAACUCAUCCCUGUGUCGGGAAGACUAGAAAAGAACAUGGAGAAGACAUUGAUCCGGCCCACGGCAUUCAAACCAGUGGUGAAUAAGAACCGUAACUCUGUGCAGUACCUCUCCCCACGUCCAGGGGGCGGUCUCUCAGAGAGUCAGGGCAGCCUUAACCUCAUCCUGCCAGCCAAUGAGAAACGCAACUCCUACAGUGGUGGGCGUAACGCCCGCGGCAGCCAAUCCUGUAGCCAAUCCUGUACCUUGUCAGAUUCAGGGAGGAACUCUCUCUCCAGCCUGCCAACUUACAGCAGCACCAACUACAGCUUGGUUCACGGAGAUGUCCCUGCUGGCCACUUGGAGCAAGCCCGAUCCACGCACGGGCACUCCAACUCAGACAGCGGCCGCUCCUCCUCCAGUAAGAGCACGGGAUCUCUGAGCGGGCGUGGCCAGCCUCUGUCGGACAGCGGGUCAUGUGGACGUUCUCCCGCCCCCGGGGAAGGAUACGAGGGCGUGAUUCGAGAUCUUGAGGAGAAACUGAGGGAGAGGGACCUGGAGCUGCAGCAGCUCCGAGAGAACCUGGACGAGAAUGAGGCUGCCAUCUGCCAGGUAUAUGAGGAGAAACAGAGGCGCUGUGAACAGGAAAUGAAAGAUUUGAGGCAGAAUUGCUCCAGUAAGAUGCGUCAGGCUUCUCAGAAAGCCCAGCGUGCCCAGCAGGUCCUUCAGCUCCAAGUCUUCCAGCUGCAGCAGGAAAAAAAGAAACUGCAGGAGGAUUUUUCGGCGCUGCUGCAAGAGAGAGAAACGCUGGAGCGGAAAUGUGCCUCCAUCGAACGCGAACAGACCCAACUUGGCCCAAGACUUGAGGAAACUAAGUGGGAGGUGUGUCAGAAGUCGGGAGAGAUAUCUCUCCUGAAGCAACAGCUGAAAGAUGUACAGUCUGAUUUGGGGCAGAAGGCUGCAGAAAUUGUUGCGUUGAAGGCGCAGCUGCGUGAGGCACGUGGCGAGCUGCAGGCCAGUCAGGCUCGGUCGCAGGAGGCGCACGCGGCCGCACGCACGCGUACCCUCGAGCUGGAAGUGUGUGAGAACGAACUGCAACGUCGAAAGAGCGAAGCGGAGCUACUCCGCGAGAAACUAGCCCGACUGGAAGAGGAGUCCAUCCGGCUCAGAGAUGCCUUGGCGGCCCCUUCCCAUUCCCAGGGCCACGCCCACGGACACGCCCAAUGCAUAAAAGGCCAGAGUAUGACCCUUCCCCUGCCGACGGGGCGUGGCAGCGGAGGCGUGCAGUGCUUGGUGCUUGGGGAUGGAGUGGAGGAGCAGCAGUUGGUGUACGAGAGCGACGAGGCGAAAGCUCAGCGCCAAAACGCAGACGCACUGCACGCCGUUCGCCAACAGGUGGAGCGCCUGAGGGCAGAGCUGAUGCUGGAGAGGAGGCGGAGCGAAGAGCAGCAGGAGGCGUUUGAGGAGGAACGGAGGAUCUGGCAGGAGGAGAAAGAGAAGGUGAUCCGUUACCAGAAACAGCUGCAGCAGAACUAUAUCCAGAUGUACCGAAGGAAUCGCGACUUGGAGCGUGUUAUGAGGGAACUGAGUCUAGAACUGGAGAACCGGGACUUAGAGGAAUUACAGCUGCACAGUAACAAUAUCCACUUUGAGGAGAUCACCGCAACAGAGAUCUAGUCCUGAUCCCUGCCCUUCCAGCUCUUCAGUUAAUCAGCACUCAGCUAGCCAACACUAACCCA